AUGGCGAAGCAGUACCGAAUGAAAUUGGUUCCACAGAUGCCUGCUGGCAUCAAUGUGCAACAAAGGAACCUACAUCCACAUGUGGUGUUCCUGUCUGGUGACAGCAAUCUUUUGACAAAAGUUGAAAGCGAUGGGUUACUGCAUUAUGCAACCAAGUUCGUUAUUAGUGUGAUGGACGUGGUUCGUGGUGAUCGAUGGGAGAAUAAUCAGACAGAAGUGAAUGAAUUUAUCCUUCUGGGGUUUCUACAUAUCUCAAACUGGAAAUGUGAGAUGUUUAUUGUCUUCUUGAUCAUCUUUCUCAUGACCUUGAUAGGUAACAGUCUAAUUAUUUUAGCCAUUAAAGUUAAUGUGGAGCUGCAUAGUCCCAUGUAUUUCUUUUUAGGGAACCUUUCUUUCCUGGAGAUCUGUUACACGUCUAUCACAAUACCCAACAUACUGUCCGACAUCUUACAAAACAGCAUUGUUAUCUCCUACGCUGGCUGUAUGACCCAGGUCUAUUUUUUCACUUUUUGUGCCACUGCAGAAUGCAUCCUUCUGGCCGCCAUGGCUUGUGACCGCUAUGUGGCCAUCUGCCAACCUUUACGCUACACGACAAUUAUUAAUAGGACAGUAUGCAACUUUCUAUCAGCAUUUGCCUUGCUAAGUGGGCUUCUUAACUCCACUAUCAACACCCCUCUUACAGCAAGUCUCAUGUUCUGCGGUGUCAAUGCAAUAGACCGCUUGUACUGCGAGGUCCAACCCUUAAUUCGGCUCUCCUGUGCAGACACUUCGCUUAAUGACAUAUUUGUCACUGCCUCCGCUGCCGUAUUUGGGGUGAGCUGCCUUAUUUUUAUUUUAACUUCCUAUAUUUUUAUAGUCUCUGCCAUCCUGAGGAUCCCACGCCAGAAGAGCCAACAUAAGUCUUUCUCCACCUGUGCUUCCCAUAUCACGGUGGUCAUCCUGUACUAUGGAUCACUGAUCUUCAUGUAUCUCUUGCCCAUUUCCUGGCGGAAGCUAGACUUCAUAGGGUCUAUGAUUUAUUCCAUAUUUACCCCCAUGCUUAACCCUAUCAUUUACAGCCUGAGGAACAGGAAGGUCAAGCAAGCACUAGCAGCCGUGUUCAUUGGGCUAUGUGCACCAUUGACAAACAAUUUGUGGAAAAUAAAGUUAAGUUAG